AUGUCCGAUAACAUUUCUCCUCCAACGGUCCUGAGCAGCGACUCGCAAAGCACGGACGAGAUUCCAAAGACCACACCCAACAUUCGCAUCACUGGAUGCGAGUCCGGGCGACUGUCGGAAUCCGUGCGAAAGCCGUUCCCCGUACGGGGAUGGGGGCUGAAAAAGUCGGUGAGCCACACCGCACCCAAGCUCAUGACUCGAUCCCUGGGCAACGUUCUUUCCGAGCAAGGCGACGGUGCGAGCUCGACAGCGGUCGCCACCCCCGCUAAAAAGGCCGUCGUGACCUUGAAAGACCCAGAGCAGGGAGAUGCCCCGACGUGGAGUGGCAAGGGGCGCCGGCAUUCAAAAUCGAGUGCCAAGUCGCUCGAUGGCCGAAGCAGUAGCCUCUCCCUGACCCGUAGCGGGCAAGAUAUCCCGAGUCUAUCCAUGAUCGCUGUCUCGAUUCUGCAGCCCUCCAAUACCGUCCUCACACCGACAGACGACGAUGGCGUCGUGGCCGUUCCCACCAAAGAAGCCAAGCGCUUGGACACGGAAUUCAAGCGCACAAGCUUCCGCAAAGAGAGCGGCUCUGUCAUUGCGGAAUCAGCACAGUCAUCCAAGCCCGUCGUUGCCAUCGCGGAAGACGACGAAGAUUACGAGGUCUUUCCACGGGCACGUACCAUGUCGAUGGGGGCCCGCGUCAAACAGGAUCUGCUCAUGAGCAAGUUCGAGGAAUGGACGGCCAAGAGGAGCUUUGUCGAGUUUGUGAAGGCACUGAUGGCCGGCAAGCUUCACGUCCAGGAUGAGUUCGACCAGCAGUUGACGCGGCAGUACUUUUUGUACUAUUACAGCUCCUACUCAAACAAGUGGCGCGUUCUCGAUCUCUUGGCAAUCUUCAUAUUCAUCCUCUCCAUUGCCUACAACCUUGUCUUGGCGACUCCGAAGGUUGCAAUCUACGAUCCUGUGAACAUUGUGUGCUUCGUGAUGAUUUUUCUUGCAGCGCUGGAGCUCGGUGUCUCGUAUCUUCCUGGACAUCGGUCAUAUGGAGCUACCGUCCAUUUGAUCAUGAUUUUGCUGUUUGGAAUCUGCCUCGCCAGUCUCGAGGUUAUGGUGGAGAACACCAAUCCUGGGGGAUAUCUCUUUGUGUACACCGACAUCUGCCAGCCACACUUGACGAUAUUCCUGAUUGGAACAUGCGUGACCAUCAUCGACAUUGCGCUCAUGUACUAUCACGUCUACUGGAUGAAUCCAAUAAUCACCGGGACCGAUGGGAUGCCAACACAUCUCCUGGAGGAGUGCCGGUCGGGUAUAUGCUGUCCCUGCAAGAUCUUCUCAAACGGGCUACUCUACAUGUGCGGCAAUCUCUUUGGAUGGGCAUAUGCAUUCAGCUCAUGGCACUACACACGCAAAGCCUUCAUGAAUACGAAGCAUAUGAUUUCAUGCCAGCGCAAGUUUCUGGAAUGCCAGAUCGCGGCAGAGACGAUUGCUGUCUCGAUCGUCCCAGCAAAGAUAUGGAAGGACAUUUCGGGAGAGAAAACCCACGGCAAUUCCGACGUGUUCCACAAGUCCAAGGCCUACAAGUUCACCGACGUUACGAUUCUCUUUGCCGACAUUGUCGGCUUUACCAAUCUAUCUUCAAAGAUGGAGGCCGUCAAUCUCGUGCGCCUGCUCAACACCAUCUUUUUGGGAUUCGAUCAGCUGAUUGAUGUGUACGGCCUUGAGAAGAUCAAAACCAUCGGAGACGCCUAUGUCUUUGUUUCGGGGCUGCCGGACGAGAUUGCUCUGCACGAGCUCAAGACGAUUAUCGUUGCACAGCGCAUGAUGGAGAUUUUGAAGAGGCUGAGCGAGGCAGAGAAGCUCUCGCUACAGCUGCGUGUAGGAAUACACACCGGCGAGGUUUUGGCAGGGCUGAUUGGAGAGGCCAAACUCUGCUUUGAGAUAUGGUCGCCAGAUGUGUCUGUAGCAUCAGUUAUGGAGCAGACUUCCGAAGUUGCACGUAUCCACAUGACCGAAGUCACCUAUGAGUCGGUUUCAGACUGCGUACGAUGCACCCCCGGGCAGGUCGUCGAGGUGAUCGGAAAGAGCUACAAGACCUACUUUGUGGACAGCUUGAUCGAGUCCGAAGUUCACGCCCGGUUGAACAGCGACGGGAAUCUGGAGCAAAACAAACGUCCGAUGGACAUGGAGGAGCUGCUCGAUAUCGACGAAGAAGAAGAGCUGCUGAACAUGGACUCGACUGUAAAGUUUGAGAACCAGGUCCACUGGCUCUGGCGGACCUUCAUCGAUGCAGACAUGGAGAUGGAGUACCAGCGCACCUAUGUUGCCAAGCUCCACGGAAAGUUUGCAAGCACCAUCUCUAUUUUGAUUGCGCUGCAGGUUCUCCUGGCCAUCGCGCAGAUCCUCAUAUUUACGGACUGCCUGAUCAUCCUGCUCUAUAGCGCAAUCGUGAUCAUGAUUCUGGUCUUUUUCUUUGGCGUCCUGUGCACGAAAAUCUUCCGAGAAGAUGCAAAGACGGGACUCUACCAUAAGGCCCUUCAUAUCCAUAACAAACUCGACUAUUCCAUCCUCGCGACAGCGCUGAUAUCAUGCAUGUUCCUCGGCACCCUCGCCCAACUAUCGAUUGUGCAGUCGCUCAGUGACCACGAGAAGCAGUCUCGGACGCCGUACAUUUACGCCUAUGGAUACGUGAUCAUGAUGCUCAGCACACUGUUCACGCGCGUGCACUUCACCCUCCUGUCUCUGGCCUCCCUGAUCUUCUCGUGCUUUUUGAAUCUCGCCGUCGUGGUCAUGAACAUCUCCGGGAUGUCCAACUUUAUCAUAUUCAACGUCGGCCUGCUGAUGAUGGUGGUCUGGAUUCUUCGGUCGAUGGAGACUUAUGUGCGGAUAAACUACCUGAAGAAGCGAGAGCUGCUGCAGAAGCAGUACGAGACCGACGAUACCCGAGCAAAGUCUGAGAAACUGCUCUACAAACUGCUACCAAAGACUGUCGUAGAUCGGCUGAAAACAGAGCCCAACAAAGUUAUUGCGGAUGCCAUACCCGAGGCCGGCAUCAUGUUCUGCUCUUUGCAUGGCCUGAACAAAGAUACCGAGCCAGACUCCAUGGCGAUCCUGAACGACGUGAUUUGCAGAUUCGACCGAAUGCUUGACAUGUACGGGAUCGAGAAAAUCAAGACUAUCGGGAGCACCUACAUGUGCGUUUCGGGGCUCCCCAGAGAGCAACUCAAGGAAGUCGCCGCAGGACGCCGCCAGUCCCUCUUUGUCAAGCCAAGGGCCUCGACGUCCCAGCAGGCGGCUCACUACACAAACCUGGUCAGCUUUGCCAUUGCGAUCAUGAAGAAGCUCAGCGUGAUGAACAGCGACCCUGGGCGAAAACCCAUCAAGGCAAGGAUCGGUAUCGAAGUCGGGCCAAUCGUCGCUGGGGUCAUCGGCAAGCGCAAGUUCGCCUUUGAUGUCUGGGGAGACACCGUCAACACAAGUUCGCGAAUGGACUCAACGGGUGUCAUCGGCUCGAUCCAGGUCACGGAGAAGGUCGCCAGGCUGAUCGAGUCUGAUUUCCAGCUUCAAGAACGAGGGCUCGUCUAUGUCAAGGGCAAGGGCGAGAUGAAGACCUUCUUUGUCGAGGGCAGGAAAGGCGCGGCUUCGUGAGAAAGGCUUCGAGUGGCUCUUGUGCGGCUCUGCGGACAGCGGGCAUUCGCGGACAGCUCAAUCUCACCGAUGCUGCGUUGAGCAAAGACCAGUACACCUAUACCGACAUUUGCACCUCUUAUCCGCAUCCAUGGCCGUGUUGGCCCAGUUGCCAGCGGUGUCCUUCGA